CCAAAAAACCAAACCGCUAAUUUGAUAUAAUAGAGAUGUUGAAAGAGAAUGGAAAUCAGUAUACAUGGGGAAAUGUUGCAGUCACUUAUGGAUUUUGCUGGGGAGUAGCGCGAGCUGUUCAGAUUGCUUACGAAGCCAGAAAACAGUUUCCAGAUGAGAAAAUUUGGAUUACUAAUGAGAUUAUUCACAAUCCGACUGUUAAUAAGCGGUUAGAGGAGAUGGAAGUUGAAAACCUUCCCGUUGAGGAAGGGAAGAAACGGUUUGAAGUUGUAACUGGUGCUGAUGUCGUGAUUUUGCCUGCUUUUGGAGUGGCGGUGGAUGAGAUGUGUACUUUGAGCAACAAAAGUAUACAAAUUGUUGAUACAACUUGCCCUUGGGUGUCUAAGGUUUGGAAUGCUGUUGAGAAGCAGAAGAAGGGAGAUUAUACCUCAAUUAUUCAUGGGAAAUAUGCUCUUGAGGAAACUGUAGCAACUGCUUCUUUUGCAGGAAAGUACAUUGCGGUGAAGAAUAUGAAAGGGGCAAUGUAUGUGUGUGAUUACGUUCUUGGGGGUGGACUUGAUGGAUCUAGCUCAACCAGAGAGGAAUUUCUGGAGAAAUUUAAGAAUGCAGUUUCCAAGGGGUUUGAUCCUGACAGUUACCUGGUUAAAGUUGGCAUUGCAAAUCAAACUACAAUGCUCAAGGGAGAAACAGAUUGGGAAAUUGGUCGAGAGGACCAUGAUGCGCAAGUAUGGAGUGGAAAAUAUAAAUGAUCACUUCAUAAGCUUCAACACCAUUUGUGAUGCUACUCAUGUGCGACAGGAUGCAAUGUAUAAUCUGGUGG